AUGAGAAUUAGUGAAGAAUACAUAAAAUUCCAGCCAAGUACUGUUGGGAGUUCCGAAAGAAGCAAAUGGCAAUGGUUUGAGAAUUGUCUUGGGGCACUUGAUGGAACUCACAUUCCGGUAACAGCGUCAGCAAAAGAAAGACCAAGAUAUCGAAAUAGGAAGGGCGAUCUCUCCACUAAUGUUUUAGGGGUUUGUGCUCCAGAUUUGAGAUUUAUUUAUGUAUUACCUGGAUGGGAGGGCUCUGCAUCUGAUGCUCGUAUAUUGCGAGAUGCUUUACGUAGGAACAACCGAUUUCAUGUUGCAAGAGAUAAGUACUAUCUUGUGGAUGCGGGUUAUACUAAUGGACCGGGGUUUUUAGCACCGUAUAGAGGAACUAGAUAUCACUUGAGUGAAUGGAGUGGGAAUAAUCAACCUGAAAAUUACAAAGAGUUAUUUAAUCUACGUCAUUCAAUUGCAAGGAAUGUAGUUGAAAGAGGAUUUGGACUAUUGAAGAAACGAUGGAGUAUAUUAUGUACACCUUCAUUUUUCAACAUCAAAAUGCAAGUUAGAAUCAUAAAUGCAUGCUUUGUAUUGCAUAACUUCAUUCGAACUGAGCAAGCUAAUGAUCCUAUUUUAGAAGUUCAAGAUUUGGAAUUUUUAGCUUCUGUGGAUCAUGACAUAUCAAAUCAUUCGACUUUGGAGGGAAAUAAUGCUCAUGAUAGGAUUGCAAGUGUUCAAGUUACUGAUCAAUGGACAAACUUUCGAGACACAUUGGCAGUAGAGAUGUUCCAUAAUUAUCAAGUGCAACGAGGCAUCAUUAAUUCUUGA